AUGGUCUCUCUAUCAGGUUAUCAGUUACACAGAUGCGACCGCAUUGGCAAGGGCGGUGGGGGAGUUGCCUUCUUUGCUGUUAACUCGUUAAACGUGAAGAUACUUGCUUCCUCCGAUGGUUUGUAUUGCAGAAAACCAGAGUUUUUGUUUGCGGAAAUUUCGGCUGUUCAAGAGAAACUUUUACUUGCUGUUGCAUACAGGCCUCCUCAUUGUGGUCAUCUACAAGACUUCUUUAAUAUACGUGAUGUUAGAACGAUCACUGUCAGAGACUAUAGUUGCUUCAACUGGAACCACUUCCUUUCCGAGCUUUCUGACUGUGACUGGAAUAUUUUCGCUGAUUUGGAAGAGAUUGAUGAUAAAAUUGCCUGGUUCUAUGGCAACCUUUUAAACUGCUACAAUAAACAUGCGCCACUUAAGACAAUCCACCCGAAGCAUUUGCCUGCUCCUUGGAUCACGCCUGAAAUCAGGACCUGUAUGCAGGAGAGAAAUAAACAACGUAGAAGAUGGCGCAGGAAUAAAACCGAAGCUAGUUACAGUCUCUAUAAGAGACUAAGGAACCAGACCCAGGCUAUGGUGCGCGAGGCCAAGCAGAAUUACUAUCUGUCAAUUUUCUCGAACAAGAAGGAUCCUGCAACUAUCUGGAGUAAUCUACGCCAGUUGGGACUUGUGAAGUCGAAAAGAUCUGACAGGAGUCUGCUCUUUUCUACAGAAGAGCUUAAUUCCUUCUUUCUAGUUGAUUCGAAUAGUUCUGAUUUAAACGGGAUUUACCUUGGUGAUGAAUCAUAUGAGGACGAAAAAUUUUAUUGGAGAAAUAUUGACAAUAAUGAUGUUCGUCAAGCCAUUCGUGGUAUUAAAUCAAAUGCUACGGGCAUAGAUGGUCUUUCUCUUGACAUGGUCGUUCGCGCUUUGCCUUGUAUUACACCUCAAAUUGUCCUUGAGAGUCUUGUAGCUAGGCAGAUUACAGAAUAUGUCGAGACUAAUAAUCUUCUUGAUCCCUUCCAGAACGCUUAUAGGAAGAAUUACUCAACUCAGACUGCCCUUAUCAGAGUAAUUGAUGAUAUGAGGGCCUUUGACUGUGUUAACCAUCAGAUUCUAGUCAACAAACUUAAAAAUCUUAAUUUUUCUUGUUCUGCUCUUAAAUGGCUAUGCUCCUACCUCUUUGGUAGAACACAGGUGGUGAGAGAUCCUACAGGAGGUGAUUAUUCAAAGGAUCUGCCUGUUUGGUGUGGUGUUCCUCAGGGUUCUGUUCUUGGUCCCUUACUGUACACAUUAUAUGUUUCUGAUUUUGGUAAGAAUCUACAAUUUUGCAAAUAUAAUUACUACGCGGAUGAUUUGCUUAUUUACAUUCAUACUAAACCAACUCUCUUUCAUGAAGCUAUUACCAAAGUCAACCUAGAUAUUUGUAAUGUAAUUGAGUGGGCAACUAGUAAUAAACUUGCUUUAAAUGCAAGUAAAACUUCGGCUAUGAUUUCUGGCACUAGAAGGUACAUUAGCAACUUUGUUCAUGAUGGCUUGCCUCGGGUCGUUGUUGAUGGGGUGGAGAUUCCUUAUAGAGAUUCUGUUGUUUAUCUAGGUGUCACUAUUACUAGUACACUUUCGUGGGAACAUCAUGUCAUUCGAACAGUGUCGCGG